AUGCUGGAUAGAUGCAUCAACCGUUGGCCAACCUUUAUUGAUUGUAAUUCACUGGAUGGUGUAUAUGUUCAGCAAUUUUUACUUAGUAAUGGUAAGAGGGAUUACACCAAGUUACAGAAGGUAUUCCACCCAGAUCUGAUAUCCUUGAUCAGCCAAAUCCAUAUUGAUUUUGAGGAGGAGGAUCAGCUGGAAUUGAUGAAGAAGUGUUCGGGAAAAACUGUUUCAGCAAUGGUGUAUGAGCAAAUGUUGUAUAACAAGUAUAAUCUGGAGGAUGUUGACUACUUCAACUGGUUACAGAAAUUAAAACUCAAGAAAAAGGUGGAGAUCUUCUGGUGGAGGUUGGGGAAGGUAGCAAUUCUAACCAAUCUGUUUUUGAAGAACCGCAGGAUUUCAACUGAUGAUUGUUGUCCUAGAGGAUGUCAAGUAAGUGAAACAUAUGAACAUAUAAUGGUACAUUGCCAAUAUAUGAUUGAUGUUAUUGUAAAGAUGGGUGAAUGGGGUAUUUCUAUUCCCGUUUUUAGCUCUCUUGAUUGUUGUUUAUGGGGUUUAAAACACAUUGCACAUAAUAAUUCUGGAAUUGUACAGAUUUACUGCAAUAUAGUGUAUCAUUCUUGGAAGAAUAGGAAUGUUGUCAAGCAUGGCAAGAGUGCAUUGCCAAGCUCUAUGGUUGCUUCGAAUGCUUUGUUUUCAGCCAUAUCAAAUUCUUGUCCUUAUCUUACUAGCUGGGGUGCUAAUAUCCUUAGGGAGUCUCGAAGUACUUGGUUACCUCCACCGAAAGAUUGGAUCAAGAUCAAUGUUGAUGCUUCUUUGCUUAGUUCCAAUUUGGCUGGAGUUGGUGGUGUCUUAAGAGACCCCAAAGGAAGGUUUAUAAGUGCAUUUGGGAAGAAGGGAACUCAUUGGGAUAUUCCUCAAUUAGAGCUUAAAGCAGUUUUUUCGGUGAAAGAUUUUUUGAAAAGCUGGAAGUUGGAGUGCAAAUUGAGAGUGAAAUGCCAAUGUUAUCAAGUUCAUUCAAGACUCUCUAAAGAAGAACAAGUGGCAUGUUGA